CCAAGUAAAAGAAAGCCUGAGUCUCCAGAGCAUAAUCAAGUACAACAUGGAAGCAGAAGCAGACGUUAUGAUUGUGGGAGCUGGAAUUUCUGGCCUUGCAACAUCCUUAGGACUUCACAGGCUGGGGAUUGGAAGCUUCGUGUUGGAAUCAUCUGAUAGUUUGAGGACAACAGGGUUUGCAUUCACAAGAUGGAUAAAUGCAUGGAAGGCCUUAAAUGCCCUUGGUCUUGCCAAUUCUCUUCGCCAACAUCAUGUCACACUUGAUGGGAAUGUGACUUCCUCAAGAAUUACAGGGCUUCAAACGUUUGAGAUGUCAUUUAAGGCCAAAGGAAAACAAUUGCAGAGUUUUGAAUACAGGAAUGUGACUUCCUCAACGGUUUCUGGGCUUCCAAUAUUUGAAAUGCCAUUUAAGGCCAGGGGAAAAAACGGAGAUCGUGAAGUUCGAUGUGUGAAAAGGAACUUGUUGUUGGAAGCUCUUGCAAAUGAGCUCCCUAGUGGCACCAUCAGGUUCUCAUCCAAGGUGGUUUCAAUUGACGAAUCAGGCUACUUUAAGCUGGUUCAUCUUGCUGAUGGAACCAUCCUCAAAGCCAAGGUCUUGGUUGGGUGUGAUGGACUGAACUCCGUGGUUGCGAAAUGGCUUGGCUUCAAACAGCCGGCAUUUACAGGGAGAUCUGCUAUUAGAGGUCGUGCCGACUUCAAGAGCCCUCAUGGUUUUGAUCCCAUUUUCAUGCGGUUCUUUGGGAAUGGUGUUAGAUCUGGUGUCAUCCCUUGUGAUGACAAAACUGUUUAUUGGUACUACACUUUGGGUUCCUUCCAGCCAAGGGAUAAUUUAUAA